UCCUCGCCCUCAUCCCCUCUCCCUGUUCCAACCCAGAGCUGACCUCUAUCCCGAUACGCAAUCUUGAGCAUGAAAAAGACACUUCAGGCGAUCGCCAGGGUAGUGGCUGUCCCUACACCACCUCUGCCUCCAGAUCGCGAGACCCUCGAUCAAGUCGACUCUCUACCCAUUCUCACAUCAUGGGAAAGCCCACGUCAAACAGAUGAUCGCCCCGUGUCCUUUGAGCUACCCGCUACGAGGCCCCCGACCGAUUCCACCAUCCGCGCAAGCCGCCGCCGCCGUCGUCGUCAUGUUCAAGAGCCAUCCAUCGAUUCGCUCUUCAUCAGAGGCUUUGACGUGCCUUCGACUCCACUUCCUUUCCGCCAUCCACCACCUUACGAGCCGUACGUCAGUCCACCCUCAUCACCUCUCUUUGGCGCGGAGCCACGCAACGCAAGUGCCAAUGCUGGAUCCCAGGCCGGCCCCUCAGGUUCAGUAGGGGCCACGUCGAGGUUCCCUAGUCUCCCUCAACGGAGCGUGACUAUUUGGGAGAGACGGAGUCAAUGGACUCGAGGACAGGAGGAGGCAGCAGGAAGGACUGACUCCCCGCCUCGAGUUGCCGCCACCACCUCUUCGGGCCAUCCUGAUGUGCUCACAUUCCACGCUUUUGACGAUCUCCCAUCUCCCGUUCUCCGGCGCAUGGUAGAUGAUUACAUCAACACACGAGCAAGGGAUCAAGGGCGACGAUCGACUGCUCUGCCCGACGUGGUCAUAGGAUCAGGUUCAACGGGUUCAGUUCCGGGCCCCCCGAAUGUUCCCCUACCCCCCGUACCCAGCAUGGAGCAGCCAGAGGGUGCACUCCCUCGUCAGCCUUCGUCAACGGCGACCGUCAGAGCUCUUGGCCUAGAGGUGGAGCAUGGCAAGCCUCGAGGUAGAUGGAUACCAGACUCCUUCUACACGCCCUUCCCCAGUCCUCGCCCCGCUCGUACAGUCACUCGACGACAUUCCACCUCCACAAUCGUUGAAACGCGAAGGUCGCCAACGGAGACAAGUCUGCCUGCCGAUCACAUUUUCAGCCGUUCGCGGGCUGGUGAUGGAGAAUCUACCAUCCUCAACACGUCUAUCGACUUUGAAGACGCCAUCAUGUCUUUCGGGGACGCAGCUUCGUUCGAUUUCAACUCAGGCACUGAAACUCGGUUGCAGAACGUUGAUACGCCGGAGUCGACGAAUCUAGAGACAGACAAAGAUGUACCCUUGCACAACCUUAGAUCUUUCGGACCACUUAUGGACCUAUCGGGUGCUACCGAGCCUCGCAGGCACUCGGUGGUUGCGGUCGAGCUCAAGUCAGCCUACUUCAACGACAGCUCCAAGCCUCUUCCCUAUCUACCCUCAAGCGGCAAUGCUUCGCCGAGCCGAGAUCCAAGCAGCAACGCAAUUCUCUCCAGAUCACGCAGCUUCGUGGCAGACUCACCUCCUCGUCUUCCUGCCUUGGACAUUCCGACCAUCACGCUGGGAAGUGACUUGUGGGAUACCCCAGUGCAGGCCACUGAAUUUGAGGAAGAUGAUGUACUUGAUCCUCAUCCUCCAUUACCAUCUGUCGGGCGAUUGCAAGAGCCUUCGCCUCCUUUGGUCCCUCCCAGACCUCCAAGAAGCGCCAAACGACUGAAGGACGACGUCCAUGAGGCGGAUCUUGUCCCUCUCCCGGCAUUUGCAACUGACAAUGACAGAACCCCCGCUAGGACUGGACAGAACAUCUUCAAGAGGCUCUCUGAACCCCUUUUUCGUCGGCUGCAGACUAGACCGAAGCGCAGGCCAUUUGAGAGUGUCGAUCUGGCGCCAUCCAGCUUGGAAGCCCAGCGUCUGCGCGAGCAGAGGAGACAGGCUGAACACGCUCGGCUCGAAAGCGAAGACGAGCGUGCUAGACCCGAUACGCCUCGUCCUAUCAGCCCUCAGAGCGAUUUGAGAAAAUCAGUCGACGUGCAGAGCUCGGAGAGCGAUACAACUCCUCGAGCUUCCCCUCCGCUGGACAGCGCAACACCCCUGCUGGCUGGCGAACAUCAACUUGAUCGAUGGCCAGAUCCCGAUGAAAAUGAUGAGAGUGACGAGGACGAGGAUCUCGCUCUGAUGGGGGACAUUCUCGCUGCAUUCCCACGGCCACCAACCCACACACCUCAACCGUUCCGAACUCCGCCGGUAGUUGAGAGGCGGCAACAAGCUUCUUCCUCCAAUGGUGCCGGUCGAUCAGAGCCGACUCCAGAUACGCACGAGGUUUUACAGACACCUUUGACUGCGCCGCGAGCAUCCAGGUCCUCAACACGGGAUACUCGUCCAGACAUGUUACUGUACAGGACAAGCCCUACACCCCUUCGUGGAUCAAGGGUCUCGCGUAAUCUUGGCGAAGUCAUCCGACCGCCUGCCAGUGAUGUCUCUCCCGAGGAACAUAGACGUCAGGAAUCGAUCGACAGGAAAGGCAAAGGGAAGAGCAAGCAAGAAUGUGGCGAGAAUGCUGGUCCCGGUGCGCUUCGAAAGAUACAUCAGGAGGCAUUCGACAAGAUCAUUCAAGGAGGCGAAACGAGAAAGCUUCGUGGCGGAAGGGUUUAGUGGAAUGCUUUUUGGAAUGUGACUUGCGGCAAUAGUAUGCUUUGCAAUCGUUUUUUGUGUCUCUUGUCGAUGUUGUCAUGUUCUCGUUGUACGUGCUCUCGAAUGUAUCUUGGGUCAUCC